UGGGCGGGCGGGAGCGCGGCGGGUGCGGGCGGUGGACGCCCGGGCGGGCGGGCCUGCGAGCCGCCGCUCCGCCUCUCCAGGCUCCGUCCCUUCGCUGCGUCCGGAGCUCGCGGCCCGUGGCGGGCCCUGCAGCCAUGGCCCAGUACAAGGCGGAGCAGGAUGACUGGCUGAGCGUCUAUCUGAAGUAUCUGCUCUUCGUCUUUAACUUCUUCUUCUGGGUCGGCGGGGCUGCUGUCCUGGCGCUGGGCGUCUGGACCCUGGUGGAGAAGAGUGGCUACCUCAGUGUCCUGGCCUCCAGCACCUUUGCCGCUUCCACCUACAUCCUCAUCUUCGCGGGCGCUCUCGUCAUGGUGACCGGCUUCCUGGGCUUCAGCGCCAUCAUCCGGGAGGACAGGAGCUGCCUCUCCACCUAUUUCUGCCUGUUGUUGGUGAUCUUCCUCGUUGAGCUGGUGGCAGGGGUCCUGGCCCACAUGUACUACCAGAGGCUGAGCGAUGAGCUGAAGCAGCACUUGACUGGGACUUUGUCUGAGAACUAUGGGCAGCCCGGAGCGGCGGCGAUCACAACGUCGGUGGACCGUCUACAGCAGGAUUUCAAGUGCUGCGGAAGCAACAGCUCGGCCGACUGGCAGCACAGCGCCUACAUCCUGUCGCCAGAGGCCGAGGGCCGCCAGGUGCCCGACAGCUGCUGCAAGACGGUGGUGGUACGCUGCGGGCAGCGGGCCCACCCCUCCAACAUCUACAAGGUGGAGGGAGGCUGUCUUACCAAGCUGGAGCAGUUCCUGGCCGACCACCUGCUGCUCAUGGGGGCAGUGGGCAUCGGGGUGGCCUGCCUGCAGAUCUGUGGGAUGCUUCUCACCUGCUGCCUGCGCCGGAGGCUCCAGCUGCGCUUUUACUAGCGGCCAGCCGCGUUCCCCCGACAGCCUCUCACAAGGACGGGUGCCCAGAUCCCGCCUGCCAGGCCUUCGGCGUCAGCAUCAGCUCACCUAGAAACGUCCCGGACUCUGUGCCCAGCCCCUUGGGACCCACCAAGUGCCUGAGACCGUGGCCCCUGUGUUUCCCACCCAGGCCAGGGACCCUCAGCCCCCUCCCUCCAGUCCUGGUGCUCAGUGCCAGAAUCCCUGGGCAGGGGACUGCUCCUGCAGGAGACAUCAGCCGGGGCCCCUCCACAGGCCCGGGGCUCCUAUGGACUCCAGGAGCACGAGGACUGGACUCCCUGCUCCCUCCCAGCUCCUGAACCUAGAAGGAAGGGCGGCAAACCUUGACCCCUCUGGGACUCCUGCAUUUGGCACAAGAUCCCCCACUGGUGCUGAUACCCCUUGCCCUGGAUGCUCUCUCCCCUUGGGGAAAUGCGUCAAGGUGGGGCAGUGAGGGCUGGCUCUGCCCCCAGAAGACCCAGCCCUUUGAUCUCCGCCCCCCAUACCACGUCACCUGGAAAGGAGUAUUGUGAUGGCUUCGGUCCUUUCUGCAGGCCUGGGAGGGAGCGAACUGAGCAGAGGCAGCAGGAACUGGGGCCGGGCAGGGGCGGGGACCAAGCUGCCAGGGCAGGAAGCAAGGCAGGGUAAAUUGGCUACACCAGGAACCUGAGCCCCACCUAGUGGCCCUCCCCAGGAGUGAUCCCCCUGGAAGACCAUGGCCCCAAGCCCCAGCCUCCAGUAAUGUGCCCCUCAGGGAUCCCCUCUCUGUGGCCCGAUUCUCAGGAGUGCCAGGUUUUAAAACCCUCUUCAGCUCUUCAUGUGGGUGGAUGUUAAAAUCCUCCCGGAUCAGACUGGAUCCCAGACCCCACAGGGUCGGAGCCACCUCACGAGGGGGAGGCUCACGUGCAAGGCGCUCAGCCCUGAGCCUCGCUGUUCCCGGGCCCGCUCCCCCGGCCACGUGGCCACCACCAGCCUGCCUCCAGGGGCCUCGCUCUGCCGCCUCUGCCAUCCGUCCCGGAAAGAAUACAGUCCCUUCCUUUGGUUCUCUCUUGCAUCUCUGAAUUAGGCAGGAAACUCUCAGGAGGAACUUUCCCAAAUGCUGAGGAAGAACAGAAAUCCAGAGGAUGGGUGCUGGUGGCUUUCCGAAGAACAGCUGUCGGCUCAUAAGACGGCACGGGGACCCUCCAAAUGGGGCUUCAAGUGGGCAGCUCAUAACAUGAGAGCCCACCAGCUUCCACACCUCCCAGGUCCCGCAUUUCCUAUCCUGGGACCCUCUUGUGUCCCACCCUUGAGAGGGCAGUCCCUUAUUAUGCUAGGACCAAGGCUGAGAAAGGUCACAGCUUGCGCCGACUCAUUCCAGGCCCCAGUCUGAGGAGUUGGCUCUGGCUGGCUUGGGUCAGCCCUGGCUGAAGGGUGCUCUCCCUCCCAUACACGGUCACUGCUGUUCCCCGCACAACCCCAACUGUGCAGAAACUGCACAGCCUCAGCACAGGGAUCACCACCCGCACAGAGGGAAGACCAGGUUCCUGGGCCAGAUUGCCUCCCGGCCUCACAGUUCUCCAAGGGAUGUCAGAGCCCUGGCUGGCUCAGCUCCUCUGCCUGGAGGGCCCUGGGGUUGCCAGCGCAAAUUCAUUAAGCAAUCCCAGCCUGUGCCAAGGCCAAACAUGAUUAUCUUUGCUGCCUCCCAUCUUCCCAGGAUUCAUGCAGAUAAUCAGAAAGGACCGUGACUCCCACGCUCUCUGGGGGGCCAGACAUCAGGCCAACAAGCCUUACAAGUGAGGGUUGGAAAAGAGAGCCACGUUCUUCCUGCCGAGGGGCCUGAGGGAGGCAGCAAUGGGCAGAGAGGUUCUGUGCCCCUAUACAUGCCUGCCCCUUGGGAGGUCCCUUAAUUCUUCACUGGGUUCGGCCAGGCUUGCGGAAAUGAGGACAGGGCUGGUGGGCGGACAUCACUUGCACAGCCUUGUCCCGGGGCCCAGGACAGCUGAUGCGUGUGCCCCAGCCCCGUGUCGGGUAGGCAGGCCUGACUGAGGGCCGGAGCAGCUGUGAUUCCCGCCCUGGGCACUGUGCCACCCUCACUGCUGCUGGAGAGUUGCUGGUCCAAGCUGCAGAGAGCGAGAGGAAGGCCCAGAGCUUUUGGCAAGUGUGACCUCGUGGUUCCUGCGGGCAGCCUGGGAGAUGAGCCAGGGUUAGCGGAAACGGAGGCCCAGGCUACGGCAGGCUCCCACUGGGGGCACACAGGGGCUGCCAUCAGAGCCAGGGAUGCUGUCCCCCAUGGGGUGUGCCCAUCCUGCCCGUGAAUAUGCAGGUCUGCACCCAGGACAGCUCCUCCCGUGUCCCUGCUUGGAGGCUGUCAUGGUCCUUGGAGAGAGAAGGGCAUGCCUGUUGAAAGCUGUCAUUGGUCCUGUGUCAGCAAAGGGGCCUGCACACCGGGGUCCAGGAAAGAAGCCGGCCCCCUGCAGGGGUCUGCACUCGGCCACUGCUGGAACACUGUGCAGCUGGGGCAGCACGUCCUUCCCUCCUCCGCUGACAGCACAGCCGCCCGAGGAGGAAUGACACAUCCCCCACUCCCCGGUGAUGGCAGCAGGGCGGGGGACAGGAAUGAAAUUCGGCCUUUGGUGAGGGGAUGAAGGUUUGUUUAAAAUGUUUGUGGCCCUUCUUCUUUCUCCCGACCCCUCCCCAACUCCAGGAGCCCCUCAGCAUAGCCUUGUGUUUGCUGAAGGCCUGCCAUCCAGUGUUAGCCACUAAGUACAUCAUCUCAUAGUGAUGGCAGUAGGAGGGUAUUAUUCCCCCAUCCUACAGAUGAGCAGAUUAAGGCUAACAGAAGGUAAGAGAUUUGCCAGGCAGCAGCGUUGGCUGUUGCGACACCACUGCGGCCUGAUGGAACCCGGGAAGCUGUGCUGGACCCCCUCUCCUCAGCGUUGCUCAGGUCUCCGUCUCUGUGACAAGCCGUCAGGCUGACACACAGGAACGUGUCCCUCAGGGGCACCCCUCCCCUGCUGGACGGAGGUGCCCGUCAUGGCCCCAGCUCCAGCACCCUGCACGUUUGCCGUCAGAAGAGAAGUCCGGCUUCCUCCAGGCUGAAAGCCGGGCCCUCCUGGCUGAGUGGCUCAGGCAGCAGGCGGGAGCCCAGGCGCCAUUGCUUAUGGGGACGCCCGGCCUGUCACCUCAAGUGCCAGCGCUGACCCCAGAGGGAGAGCUGCCUCCUCAGCAACCAGAGUCCACAGGCGGGACGUGGGGUCUUGUGCCUGGGGGAGGUCAUUGUUGGGUACACGGAGGGCUUGGCAAGCAAGCAGGAAAUGCCUCUGCCUGCCCUGUGCUGGGAGCCGGGGGACCUCAGGCCACCUGCACCUGCAGGGCCUCCCUGGGUGUAGAAGAGGCACCCUGGGACUGCAGUGUCGGCCUCCUCCUGCUACUUGCCCUCCCCCACAUUGCCGAUGCCGGGGCUCUGGGUGGGCACACUGCGCUCUCAGUCUCGGGGCCUCAAAUCUCAUCAGGCAGCUCACCCCGUGCAUGGCCAUAGACAUGGCACUGAAGGGGGGAGGAUAUGCCCAGUGAUGUGCCCCAGGACCCUCAUGCCCGACAGCCAGUUUUGAUCCUGGAAUCUGCCACGCCAGGUCCAUUUUCAGGGCUUUGAGGUAGAGGAAGUGACGAAACAGUUACCUUCAUCGUUGCUCAUCCCAGCACCUGCCUUGAAAACAUGCCCUUACUGGCCGCUUUGGGCCUGGGUAGAGAAAGGGAGGAGAAGGCCGUUUGAUUGGCUAAAGAGACCACCUGUCUUUUGUGUCACCGCUGGGUGGCGCUCACAUCCACUGAGGAUACCAGUGACCAGGUGUCUAAGCCCGAAGUUCUUAAACUUGAGUGUGAAUCAGGAUCGCCUGGAGCUGCUUAGCACAGACUGCCAGGUCCCACCCCGGGCUUCUACUCAGUAGGAGUGGGACAAGAAUUUGCCUUUCUAGGAAGUUCCGGGGUGAUGCUGAUGCUGCUGGCCCUGGAACCACACUUUGAGAACCACUGUUUUAAACCACACCACAAAGGAGGAUGCUUUCACCUUCCUCCGUAUGUCACAGCCCCCAGGGUUCAAAAGUCCCUCGGGAUGUCUAGCUUGAGUCCCACUCGAUUCACUGUGAGAGGGCGGGAUGAAGCGUUGCCACAGUGGGCAGUCCGCAGCCAGCCUGGGAGGUGGCCCUCCUGCCGUGGGUUCUGGCAGCACCUGCCCCGGCCUCUGGCGGGACUCCAGGUGGCGCUCUCUCAGUGUGUCUGAGAUCUGGGGCCGGGUCCUUCUCAGAAGGGACAAAUUUACACCCCCCAGCCCCGUUUUCCCGUCACCUCUGUGUGCCUUGGGAGAGCCCCGCUCCAUCCUUGUGUCUCCAGUGCUACUUCAGCACAGUGCCCAGCCCUGUACUUCAUCACUCAGCCUCCUGUGUGCCCCUUCCCCUCCUGCUUGUGCACUGGAGACACCCUGUGCAAGUGCCACUAGUAACCCCAGGCAGCCCAACGUCAGUGAGGCCGAUGGGUUUCUGGAACCAGCUGGCCCACAGAGAAGUUGCCUUAACCCACUGCGUAUAGAGAAAUUGCUCUAGUUGUAAACACGCGCCGCUCCUUAGCUGGCCUCAGUGUGAGCUGGCCGCCCGUGUGUGUUGGGGGAGGGGGGUGUCACAAUAAAGGAUGUGUCUAGACUGCCUGCGGCUGCUGUUU